CGUCCUUGAAAAUUCGAAUCCCGCGAGCCGAUUGGCUGUUCCCCGCGACACGCGCGCUCUGAUCGCGACCGGCACAUGCUCGCGCAACUGCUCUUCUGCUCUGGUGUUCCAGUCUCGGCUUCCGCGAUCGAUGGUUAUGUAUAUACGUACGUGCGGUUAUGUGUCGCGGACAGUGAUUUCUUCAUACGAUCGGCCUUACGGCGAUCGAUUAAUUAUGUGCUGACCUCGGUCGAGAGGACGUUACUCCUCCAGAUUCCAAAUUUGAUUCGGCGACGAGGAAACGAAGAAGACCGUGACCGGCACGAACGUGUUACGCAGUAAACGGAGCGGGAGGCUGUAGAUGAGACUGGAAGAACACCGAUCGCGCUUUGUCGUGCGAGAAAUUUGUAAUAUAGCCGUGAACGAUGUACACGUGGAAGCUGACCGGUCAUGCUCUCCGACGAUUUAACAGUGGUUGUAGUAGCGGUGGCGGAGGCAGCAGUAGAUUAGCACUCAUUUUCCAACAAUGCGGUUCAAGGACGCAGACUCGCGGCAAACUCGGCAGCUAUCGCAAGAAAAUAAGUUCGUGGUUCCGGGAGCAGGGCACACAGGUGGCCCAGGCUUGCAAGCGGCAGUUUGAGUUUGUGGCGGCCCAGCGGGUCAGGAGGCACAUACAGAUAUUCCAUCUCUACACGAGAAUAUGGGAUGAGGUAGCAUUAAGGGAGUUCAUGCGACUUUGGAGGCUCAGACUCGCUAAGAAUGCCAAAAACUUUCUGAUUAGUGCAGCUGGUGUGAGCAUGUACAAUUGGGAUCGUGAUAGAAUAAGUGAUGAAGAGAUUAAUAGAUAUAAUCAGGAGAUUGAAGGAAUUUAUAGAUUACGUGACUCUACAGUAGUCUGUGCAAAGUGUCAUUUACGAAUUAUUAUCGACACUGUCCAGCCUGAUAUAAAAUAUUGUAAAUGCAAUGAAGUUCAGCCUUCUGCUGUUUCUAAUGAGGAUCAUAGCUGGCAGCCCUUCAUUGAGCGUCAAGAUAUGCUGAUAUGGAGGAAAAUAGAGCCUGAUUCAGGGGGAUUAUUUGCCUAUAAAGUGUAUGGUUCAUUCUCUGAUGUUACUGCUGAAGAUUUUUUGCAAGUACAAAUUGAUGUGGAUUAUAGAAAACAAUGGGAUCCUACUGCUCAGGAGUUAGAGAUUAUUGAGACUGAUCCAAAAUCCGAAUCAUCUGUUAAUCGUAGCACUGAUAUUAUCCAUUGGGAGAUGAUCUGGCCUAAAUUAUUUUCUAAUAGAGAUUAUGUUUAUCAACGACGAUGGGUAAUAGAUAAAGAAACAGGACUUAUAGUUAUUGUCAGUCGAGUGACGGAACAUCCCAAUGUACCAGAAAGACGAGGAAUUUAUAGGGUCAAAACAUAUUGGUCAUAUAUGGUGAUAAAACCUUAUACAGAUUUCCAUGAGCCAGGCAUUGAAUUUGGACUUACUUAUUUCGAUGAUCCUGGUGUUGCUGUACCGCCUGCUGUCACUACAUGGGUAGCAUUAAGAGGUUUACCAGAUUUUCUAGUUCGUAUGAGACAGGCUUCAAAAGAUUACCAAAACUAUAAGCUGAUAAAAAAUAUUGCUCCUGAUCAUCUUACGUUAUCUGAGAAAGAUAUUUCCAAAGAAGAAAUCAAAGUUGAUGUAGAAGAUAAGUUAAAAACUAAUGAAAAAUCAAUGAAGGACAAAGAUCAACAAGACGAUUCUAUUAAAGAUACUAACAAAUUAGAUCUAACACAUGAUGUACAAGAAAAUAAUUUAAUGGAAAGUGAAAAUAAGGACACCAAUAGUACACCUAAAGAAGAGCAAGGUUUAUUACAUUAUUUUUAUCUUACGAAAUUAUUUGCUUUUUUGGAUUUUUGACAAAUGGAUUUAAUGAAAUAACUUUUAACUAGUAGAUGUUUUAACGUGACAUAUGGAGAGAACAAUAACCUGCCGAUAAAGCUAUAGAACAGAUUCGUGGAUGAUUAAUACUGUGGAUCAAGUGACAUUUUAUUAACAUAUAUUGGACAAAUAGUAUGUGGUUUCAAUUUAAACUAUAAGAAUAAAAGUGCAUGAAAGGGCAUAACUAUUUACAGUUAUCGUUUUCUCAAACUAGUUUCCAUUUUUCUGUUUUUAUAUAAAGGAGAAACAAAAAUAAUAAUCAAGAAAUGAGACUGAUAAAGUACGUUAUCGUCAAUCCAUUUGUUCAUUGAAAAUUUAUAUUAUGAAAUACAAAUGUAUCGUAAAUAGUAAUGAAUAUGAGCAAA